AUGCAGCAAGCUGUGAAGCUCGUUCUUGUGUUCUGCACCAUAUGCCUCCUUGUAAGCGAAGGAUGGGCCAAAGGCGGCGGCGGCGGCGGCGGGAGAGGAGGCGGCGGGGGAUUUAAGGGCGGUAGUAGUGGUGGGAGGAGAGGCGGAGGCGUAACUAAUGGUGACGUUAGAGAUGGUGGCGUUGGCGGCGGUAAUGGCAGAACCGUCGGAUCUGGAGUGCGUCCGUUACCGGUGGUUCCUCAUGGAAAUCAUCAAUCAAACAACAGCCAAUCAACCAUUGUUACGUGGCUCUUUAGUGAAGGCAUUGUGGAUGGUUCAGUGAGUUCAGAUCAAGUAGAUGUAGAUGUUGAUGGAUCUUCAUCAAUUCCAGUUGAUCAAGAUUUGGUUGGUUUGGUAGUAAGUAAUGCUGAUGAGGCUUUUGAGGUGUAUAACAGUUAUGCAUAUAGACUUGGUUUUAGUGUGAGGAAGGGUCAUCAACGAUACAAGGGAUCUUCGAACACAAUUCAAAUGAAGAAAUUUUGUUGUUCUAAGGCUGGUUACAAGGCUAACAGUGGGGUUAAGGCUUAUUCCAAAAUUGACACAAGGACAGGGUGUGGAGCGUUUGUUCAAUUUGACGUGGGUGAUGAUGGGUUGUGGACAGUUACGAAACACGAGAAAGUGCACAAUCACGAGUUAUGUGUGUUCAACAAGAGUCAUCUACUUCGUUCACAUAGGAGUGUCGGAGAUAAUCAGCUCUUAUAUUUACAAGGUUUGAAGGACAGUGGUGUUGCAUUGGCAGAUGGUAUUAGGUUCCUAAAACACCAAUCGGGGGGGUCCCCUUUAGUUGGUUUCACCAGUAGAGAUGCUUAUAAUUCAAUGGCUGCGGAUACUGUCAAGCGAUUGGAUGGAACGGAUUCUAACUCUUUAAUUGAAAUUUUUAGGAGGAGGCAGUCUACCGAGACUGAUUUUUUCUUUGAUUUUGAACUUGACUUGGAUGCAAGGUUGUGCAUUUUUUUUUGGAGGGAUGGUCAAAUGAGACGAGAUUACGAGGUGUUUGGGGACUUGUUAGUGCAUGAUACGACAUAUCGCACAAACAAAUACGAUAUGAUUUGUGCCCCUUUCGUAGGGAUGAAUCACCAUUGCAUGAAUGUAAUGUUUGGAUGCGGGUUUUUGAUGAACGAGAGGAUAGAAUCGUUUGUGUGGUUGUUUAAAGUGUUUUCAAGAUCAAUGGGUGGCAAGUCUCCACAGACUAUUAUGACAGAUCAAUGUGCAGCUAUGGCUGCUGCUAUAUCUAAAGUGUUUCCAACAUCACGUCAUCGUCUUUGCAUAUGGCAUAUCGGUGAGAAUUCAAAGAAGCAUAUCAAGACGUUAAGGAGCAAUAAGGAUUUCUUGGAUAUGUUUAACUACGUGUUGAAAUACACAGAGACCGAAGCUGAAUUUCAAUUCUAUUGGACAAGGUUGGUGACUGACUAUAAAUGUCACAAGAAUACUUGGUUAGAAAAGCUAUAUGACUGUAGGGAGAAGUGGUGUCCAGCAUUUAACAAGGACUAUUUUUCUGGGGGCAUUCUAUCAUCACAAAGGAGUGAAACUACAAAUCAUUCGAUUUCUAGAAGGUUGUCCAAGACAGCGGGUCUUUGUGAUUUCUAUUCAUCGUUUGUAAGCGUAAUUUCUGAAUGGAGAAGUAAAGAGAACGGUGAAGACUUUCGGUGUGCUCAAGGGGUACCCGCUAUGAUGAUGGAGCAUGUGAAACUUCUUUCACAUGCUAGAGAGGUAUACACGAUUGAGAUAUAUUUUCUGUUUGAGGAACAAUUCAUGAAAGGCAGUGCGUGUCAUCAAGAGAUGGUGUUGAAUGAUGGCCGUCAACAGAAGUAUCACGUGUGGCGGCCAGAUAUAGAUAUUAUAAGGCAUGAGGUUGAAGCCGAGGUUGGGCAUGUGCAUAUUGAAGAGUGUGGUGUUUCAUCUUCAAGUGGUGGUGUUCAAAAUCCUUCAAGUCGGAGAUUGAAAGGUGAGCGUAACAAAAGGAGGAGUGGUGUUAUUGAAAAGAAGUACAGUCUUGCAAGGGGGAGAAGGAGUGCUGCAAAUAAAGCUGCAUUGAGUACAAAGGGUGCUGUUCAGUCUUUGGUGUUGGAAAACAUAUCCAAGCUUGCUGGGGAUGGAUACCUUGUACAUCCAAGUUCUUCAAGUUCAGAUUUUGUUCAGUUUAGUAAGGGUUUAGAUGACAAUGUAGGUGUAGAUUGA